AUUAUCGGUUAAUCCCGAAGGAUUCCUUUAUAAUCUCUUCCAAUUUUUCAGCCUAAUAUCAAAUGGGCUGUAAGUACACAACUUAGUUUUCUUUCUAUGCAAACAAUACCAACAAUUCUCCUCCACUUGGGUUCUCGGGGAUGAACUGUUGAUUUUCGAGUGACUUUCUGUGUAAACUAGCUUAGUCUUUGUGUUAGUAUAUAACUGAUUUUUGGGUUAGCUUCUGUUCUUGAAGCAACAAUGGCUGGUGGAGGAUUUACAGAUACAGGAAACCUUAAAAGGGCUCAUCUUUAUGAGUAUAGAAUAACAGGUUACUUCAUUUUCGCUUGCGUUAUUGCAGCUUCAGGUGGAUCCCUUUUUGGUUACGAUCUCGGUGUUUCAGGUGGAGUCACUUCUAUGGAUGACUUCUUGAAGGAGUUCUUCCCAACUGUGUAUGAAAAGAAGCAUGCACAUCUUCACGAGACAGAUUACUGUAAAUAUGAUAACCAAAUCCUCACAUUGUUUACUUCCUCACUGUACUUUGCAGCCCUUUUUACCACCUUCGGAGCCUCAUAUGUAACCAGAACUAGAGGCCGGAGAGCUAGCAUUCUCGUCGGAUCCACCAGCUUCUUCAUCGGAGCACUCGUCAAUGCAUUUGCAAAAAAUAUAGCCAUGUUGAUCAUCGGACGAUGCUUUCUUGGUGCAGGAAUUGGAUUUGGCAACCAGGCUGUUCCCUUGUAUCUUUCAGAAAUGGCUCCGGCGAAAAUCCGAGGAGCAAUUAACCAGCUGUUUCAACUAACGACGUGUUUGGGAAUCCUGGUUGCAAACUUUAUAAAUUAUGGAACUGAAAAGAUUCAUCCAUGGGGAUGGAGAUUAUCUCUUGGUUUAGCAACUCUUCCUGCAACUAUAAUGUUCGUUGGUGGAAUUUUCCUUCCUGAGACCCCAAACAGUCUUAUAGAACAAGGCAAGCUAGAAGAAGGAAGAAAAAUCCUGGAGAAAGUUAGAGGAACCACACAAGUUGAUGCUGAGUUUGAUGAUCUUGUGGAUGCAAGUAAUGCAGCAAGAGACAUUAAGCAUCCUUUCAAGAAUCUUCUUAAACGCAAGAAUCGUCCACAGCUGGUGAUUGGAGCUUUGGGGAUUCCAGCAUUCCAACAACUCACUGGGAAUAAUUCUAUACUUUUCUAUGCUCCUGUCAUUUUUCAGAGCUUGGGUUUCAGCAAUGAUGCAGCUUUGUAUUCAGCUGUUAUAACCAAUGCAGCACUUGUUGUUGGUGCUCUAAUCUCCAUGGCUUUCGUCGACAAAUUUGGCAGAAGAGCUUUCUUUUUGGAAGCUGGGGUUGAGAUGUUCAUCGUCAUGGUUGCUGUGGGCAUAACUUUGGCCUUGAAAUUUGGAGAUGGGAAACCAAUUUCCAAAGGAACUGGUGUCUUCCUUGUGGUUGUGAUUUGUUUGUUUGUGUUGGCUUACGGGCGGUCCUGGGGGCCUCUUGGGUGGCUAGUUCCGAGCGAGAUCUUCCCCUUGGAGGCACGAUCGGCUGGGCAGAGCAUUGUGGUCUGCGUUAACAUGAUCUUCACUGCCUUGGUUGCGCAGUGCUUCCUGGUUUCUCUUUGCCACCUUAAAUAUGGAAUUUUCUUGCUGUUUGCUGGGUUGAUUUUUAUCAUGAGUGCCUUUGUCUUCUUCCUCUUGCCUGAAACGAAGCAAGUACCCAUUGAAGAGGUUUAUCUUCUCUGGCAAAAUCACUGGUUCUGGAAGAAAAUAGUGUCAGAACAAGGCAAGUUGGAAUUACAUGUUUAAUUAUCUUCUGAAAAGAGGAAACGCAUGUUGCUCUGUUUCAUUUCUAGGAAUUGUUCUGUUUAUGUAUCCUGCUUUCUCAUUAAUGAUAAUUUUAAAUUUU